AUGUACAAUCCUUCCUCCGGGGAUUGUUCCACCAGUCACAGAGCACAUCCACCAGUCACGGAACACAUCCACCAGUCACGGAACACAUCCACCAGUCACAGAACACAUCCACCAGUCACAGAACACAUCCACCAGUCACAGACCACAUCCACCAGUCACAGAACACAUCCACCAGUCACGGAACACAUCCACCAGUCACAGAACACAUCCACCAGUCACAGAACACAUCCACCAGUCACAGAACACAUCCACCAGUCACAGAACACAUCCACCAGUCACAGAACACAUCCACCAGUCACAGAACACAUCCACCAGUCACAGAUCACAUCCACCAGUCACAGAACACAUCCACCAGUCACGGAACACAUCCACCAGUCACAGAACACAUCCACCAGUCACAGAACACAUCCACCAGUCACGGAACACAUCCAUCAGUCACAGAACACAUCCACCAGUCACAGAUCACAUCCACCAGUCACGGAACACAUCCACCAGUCACAGAACACAUCCACCAGUCACAGAACACAUCCACCAGUCACAGAACACAUCCACCAGUCACAGAGCACAUCCACCAGUCACGGAACACAUCCACCAGUCACGGAACACAUCCACCAGUCACAGAACACAUCCACCAGUCACGGAACACAUCCACCAGUCACGGAACACAUCCACCAGUCACAGAACACAUCCACCAGUCACGGAACACAUCCACCAGUCACAGAACACAUCCACCAGUCACAGAACACAUCCACCAGUCACAGAACACAUCCACCAGUCACAGAACACAUCCACCAGUCACAGAACACAUCCACCAGUCACAGACCACAUCCACCAGUCACAGAACACAUCCACCAGUCACAGAACACAUCCACCAGUCACAGAACACAUCCACCAGUCACAGACCACAUCCACCAGUCACAGAACACAUCCACCAGUCACAGAUCACAUCCACCAGUCACAGACCACAUCCACCAGUCACAGAACACAUCCACCAGUCACAGAACACAUCCACCAGUCACAGACCACAUCCACCAGUCACAGAACACAUCCACCAGUCACAGAUCACAUCCACCAGUCACAGACCACAUCCACCAGUCACAGAACACAUCCACCAGUCACAGAACACAUCCACCAGUCACAGAUCACAUCCACCAGUCACAGACCACAUCCACCAGUCACAGAACACAUCCACCAGUCACAGACCACAUCCACCAGUCACAGAUCACAUCCACCAAUCACAGACCACAUCCACCAGUCACAGAACACAUCCACCAGUCACAGACAGUACUGCAAAUCGCUGAGAACCAGCAAAUAAAUAUGAAGCACCCUAGCAAUCAGUGA